CACGGUGUUGUUAUUGUGGAUGAGCGCUGAAUAUUAUUUACCGACUGAUCCGGUUCAAUCUAUACUCAGUCAGUCUUCAGAUCAACAUGAUGCUCAGUCCGGAUCAGGUAUCCUUGAUAGGACUCGUGUUUGAGAGCUAUGUGAUGGAGCACCAUAAGAACGACAUCCUUCAGAUCUUACAGGAGGCCAGUGAACAUGUUCACUGUCCUGUUGUAGUGAAUGCCAUGACCUUAUUCGAGGAUAAUAUGGAGGUUGGAGAGUGUUUCAAUGCCUUCCCCAGUCAGGUGCUGCCUAUAUUUGACAAUGCCUUGCAAAGAGCAGCCCAGGCCAUAUCUCAGGCUUCUCCCUCACUGCAGGAGAGUUUCAGGCUCAAACAUAAUCUGCAUGUUCGUAUUUCAGGUUUACCUAUGUGUCCCGAACUGACCAGAGAUCACAUUCCUAAAGCAAGAGACGUGGGUCACUUCCUGUCAGUCACGGGCACGGUCAUCCGUACCAGUGCGACUAAAGUACUGGAGUACGAGAGAGACUACAUGUGCAAUAAGUGCAGACAUGUGUUCUCAGUGCAGGCUGACUUUGAUCAGUUUUACACCUUCAUUCCCCCCACCAGCUGCACCAAUGAAAACGGCUGCAACUCGUUCAAAUUCACUUGCCUGUCUGGGAGUGACGCCCCUCCGGCCACCUGCAAGGACUAUCAGGAGAUAAAAAUCCAAGAGCAGGUGCAAAAACUGUCAGUAGGUAGUAUUCCUCGCUCCAUGCUCAUCAUCCUGGAAGACGACCUAGUGGAUAGCUGCAAAUCAGGUGAUGACAUCACAGUGUAUGGAGUUGUGUGCCAGCGCUGGAAGCCAUUGUAUCAGGAUUGUCGCUGUGAUGUGGAGAUUGUGCUGAAAGCAAAUUAUAUUGAGGUCAAUAAUGAGCAGUCCACCUCUGCACUGGUGCUGGAAGAAAUUCAGAAGGAAUUUGAAGAAUUCUGGGAGAGUCACAAACAUGACCCCAUUGCCGGCAGGAACCAGAUCUUGAUGAGUCUGUGCCCUCAGGUGUUUGGCAUGUAUGUCGUCAAGCUGGCUGUUGCUAUGGUUUUGGCGGGUGGGGUUCAGAGAAUAGAUGCUUCUGGAACCAAGGUGAGAGGGGAGUCUCAUCUGUUGCUAGUGGGCGAUCCAGGGACUGGAAAGUCACAGUUUCUAAAGUAUGCUGCAAAGAUAACUCCACGCUCUGUGCUCACGGCAGGAAUUGGAUCCACAAAUGCAGGUCUGACGGUGGCAGCUGUGAAGGACUCUGGAGAAUGGCACCUGGAAGCAGGAGCUCUGGUACUCUCAGAUGGAGGUCUGUGCUGCAUCGAUGAAUUCAGCAGCAUUAAAGAGCACGACCGCACCAGCAUCCAUGAAGCCAUGGAGCAACAAACAAUCAGUGUGGCCAAAGCUGGAAUGGUGUGCAAACUAGACACUAGGACCACCAUCCUGGCAGCCACAAACCCAAAGGGGCAGUAUGACCCUAAUGUGUCUAUUUCAGUGAAUGUGGCUCUGGCUAGCCCACUACUGAGUCGAUUUGACCUGGUACUGGUUCUGCUGGACACCAAGAACCCAGAGUGGGACAAAAUCAUCUCCACCUUCAUCCUACAGAAUAAAGGAGCUCCAAGCGAGUCGUCAUGUUUUUGGAGUAUGGAGAAGAUGAGGGCAUAUUUCUGCUUUAUAAAGAGCCUUAAGCCUUGUCUAACACAGGAAGCAAACACCAUCCUGAGCCGCUACUAUCAGCUGCAGAGACAGAGUGAUGGUCGUAAUGCUGCCCGCACCACCAUCCGCAUGCUGGAGAGUCUCAGCCGCCUCGCUGAGGCUCACGCAAGACUGAUGUUCAGAGAGAUGGUAACAGUAGAAGAUGCUGUUGUUGUCGUUUCUGUUAUGGAGUGCUCUAUGCAGGGGGGCGCCCUGCUUGGAAAUGUGAAUGCUUUGCACACCUCUUUUCCUGAUAACCCCUGUGAGCAGUAUAAAACACAAUGCGAGAUCAUUUUAGAGUGUCUGGGAUUGACCGAUAUCCUACAUAAAGAACUCCAAAGACUCUCAAGGCUACGGAACACAAAAUCGGACUCCCCUAAAGGGCCCGAGCCACAUAGUGGCAUAACCAACAAGAGUUUGGCUGGUGAAAAUCUCAAUAAGGAGUCGGACCCAGGCCUGGACUGGUUCCACUCCUUAUCCAGUCCGACCCGUAAUGGCUCCAUUGUUCACACAACCCCCAACAUUAUUACCUCCACUCAGAACACCACAGCGACACGUGGCAUGAUGGUGUUGCCUAGCAACAGCCGUUCUGUGCACCGCGGUCAUCCUGCUUGGGAGAAUGAUAGGGAUGUAUCUGUGGAAGAUUCAGAAAUGCCCUCUUCUGUGGUGGAGAGGGGUUCCAAAAAGCUCAGAGGCAAAAGACUGAAAGAGAUGAAAGCGUUUCUUCUUCAGAGCGAAGACAAGAACAUUCAGGAGAGAGAUGAUUUAGAGAAAAUGUUCUCUCCAGACACAAUGCCCUCCCACAGUACUCCCAUAACUAGGAGAAGACCGUCUAAAAGGAAAAGCACCGCUAUCGGUCCACCUGAAAUAGCAGAGGAAACUGAUUUCAGAUCUGAGAGUCGGGAGAAUUUAUGCUGCACACUCACAAACUUUACCUUCAAGCCCAGAGAAAGAAUGACUCAUGCAGAUCAGUCAGUUGGAACAACCAAAUCAGGACCCCCCCCAAAAGAAUCCCAUAUUCUUGUCCCAGAUAAAGAGCAAGCCUCUAAGAAGGAGAAACAGAACUCACAUUUGCCAGCAGAGGGCAGCAGUGCUACUAAGAAACUACGGCUAGGACUUCAGAACAAAACCAAAGAUCUUUCCUCAAAGGUUUCCAAUGAGGAGACCACAGCUCAUAAAGGAAGAUUUGAGGACGUAGAACAUCAGCAGCAGCAGCUGCUGCCAAGGCUUACCCAUCUUUCAGGUGAGAGUAACGCUAAUAAACCUCAACAAUCCUCGCCAAAGCCAGACCACACAAUGACUAAAGUUGCUAGCUCCACUUUGGCCAAACUUUCCAGAUUCUCCUUUAUUGCUUCAGCUGAGGAAAAGACCGGAGAAAAACCUCCAACUCCAGUCGUGGCAAAAGUGGUCGUAAACCACACUACAAAUAAAGUGCCAACAAGCCCACAAGUAGAAAUCACAAACGCCGUUUCAACGGCACAAACAAUUGGGUCAAAGAAAAACACAACUGCACAGACGAGGAAAAAUAUAACCACAGAUGCAAACGAAGACAGGUCCACCACUCCACAGACAGCCAACACAAGGACAGAAUCCUUCAGUAGAAAGGAAGAAGCUGGACAGAACGGCAUGAAUCCAGAGAAGAGGAGAUGUUUUCAAAUGGGCUCCGGUGGCUCAGCAGGACUCCUUAAAUGUCUUUCUUUGUUCAGUUCGUCUGUCUUAGACGAUGAAGAUUUAGACGUUGACUGGGACUGAGUGCAACAAGACAUGUUUGUUAGCUGUGUAUGUAAUCUGAAAUUAUGUUUGUCUUUAUUUGUUUUUGCUUUUAAU